CUGUAGGUCGACAAGAGCCUGAAUCAUGAGAUUUACAGGUUUGGCAGUGCUGCUGUUGGUGGGAUUCACCUUGCUACUUGUAAACACUUUGUUUGGAGGUGGAAGCAGUUCAGUUGUGCACCAUAUUUUCAAUAGGAAAGAGUGCAGAGGAAUCUCUGGAAUAUGGUGUGGGAUUUGCAGUGAAUAACACUCUGCUUCCCAUGAUGGACCCACUGACAGGAGGGUCUGAGCGGAUCCUUGUAAUCCGCCUUUCUACCAGCAGCGGACCAGCAAACCUGUUGUGUGCUUAUGCCCCGACCCUCUACCCACCACCAGAGUCUAAAGACAAGUUCUACGAGGAGCUCGACGCGGCAUUCAACACUAUCCCGAAAAAUGAGCAUCUGAUACUUCUGGGAGACUUCAAUGCCAGGGUAGGUGCUGACCACAAAUCCUGGCCAGACUGCCUUGGUCACUUUGGAGUGGGUAGUAUAAACGAAAAUGGACAACGUCUGCUAGAGCUGUGCUGCUACCACAAGCUCUGCAUCACAAACACCUUCUUCCAGAGUAAGCCUCUGCACCGGGUAUCCUGGAGACACCCCAGAUCUAAACAUUGGCACCAGCUCGACCUCAUCAUCACGAGACGAGAGGCCCUUAACAGCGUGCCUCUCACAAGGACGUUUCACAGUGUUGACUGCGACACGGACCAUUCACUAGUCCUCAGCAAGGUCAAGCUACGACCAAAACCGAUCUAUCACACCAAGCAGAAGGCCCGUCCACGCAUCAAUGCCAGCCGUUAUACCAACCCUGCUGUCACACAACGCUUCCUCACCUCCCUUGACCAAGCACUCUGUGGACCAUCAUACAGGCAAAGUGCUGUGGACAAAUGGAAUUGCUUGCGUGAUACCAUCUACGACCAAGCCAUUGCAACAUACGGGAAGAGAAUGAGAAGAAAUGCAGACUGGUUUGAGGCUAGUGCUGCUGUGAUGGAGCCAGUUAUAGAGGCAAAGCGUACUGCUUUCCUCAAGCACAAGGGAAACCCCUCACAGAGGAACCUUGACGGCUUGAGAAAGGCCAAGAGCGAAGCCCAGCGAAUGGCACGUAGCUGUGCCAACAACUACUGGCUCGAGCUCUCCUCAAACAUACAAAGGGCCUCAGACACGGGAGAUAUCAAGGGCAUGUAUGAGGGGAUAAAGCAAGCAACCGGCCCGUACAUCAAGAAAAGCGGACCGCUGAAAGCCAAGACUGGUGAAGUGAUCACUGACCGCAAUAAGCACAUGGAAAGAUGGGCCGAACACUAUACGGAGUUAUAUGCAACUGAGAGCAUUGUGUCAGAGGCGGGUCUGAUUGGAGUUGCAAACCUGCCUGUUAUGAUUGAGCUCGACAAGGAACCCACGCAGGAAGAGCUCAGCAAAGCUAUUGAUAACCUUUCAUGCGGCAAGGCCCCAGGUGCUGACGGGAUAACACCUGAUGUCAUAAAACUUGGGAAACCUUCGUUACUGCCGCACCUUCACGAUCUCCUCUGCCUCUGUUGGAAGAAUGGAGCCGUCCCCCAGGAUCUGCGUGACUCCAAGAUUGUCACACUGUAUAAGAACAAGGGGGACCGCAGUGACUGUAAUAAUUACCGCGGCAUCUCCCUGCUUAACAUCGUGGGGAAAGUCUUUGCUCGUGUCACCCUUGCUAGACUCCACCUCCUUGCAGAACGUGUCUACCCUGAGUCACAAUGUGGCUUCAGGGCAGCAAGAUCCACAGUGGACAUGAUUUUCACCCUUCGGCAGCUGCAGGAGAAGUGCCGGGAACAGAGGAGACCCUUAUAUCUCGCCUUUGUUGAUCUCACUAAAGCAUUCGACCUUGUCAGCAGAGAUGGUCUUUUCAAGCUGCUUGCAAAGAUUGGCUGCCCCCCAAAACUCCUCGCCAUCAUAAGAUCAUUCCACUAAAAC